AUGGCUGUUGAAGAUCAUAAGAAUCUAGUUGAGAUCUUGGAAAACCUGAAUCAAGUAGAUGUUGCUAAAUGCAUGAAUUUUGUCAGUGCUCCACAAGCUGGUGCUAUAGCAACAUUCGCAGGCACAACACGCGAUACCUUUGAUGGGAAAACAGUCUUGGAGUUGAGAUAUGAAGCUUAUGUUCCAAUGGCAAUACGUUGUAUCAACUCGAUAUGUUCAUCUGCUAGAGCAUCCUGGAACCUACAUUCCAUUGCUGUUGUACAUCGUGUAGGCACAGUGCCUGUGGGUGAAACAAGUGUCUUCAUCGCAGUCUCGUCUGUUCACAGGGUAGAUGCAUUGGAGGCUUGUAGAUUUUUGAUAGAUGAGAUAAAAGCCAAAGUUCCUAUUUGGAAAAAGGAGGUCUAUUCAAAUGGGGAGGUUUGGAAGGAGAACUCUGAGUUCCUAGAGAGGAGGUCUGAGCUUGGUAGCAAGGAUGCAGGUUGCUGUGGGAAAAAGGUAGAAAUUAAAGAACAGACCAAAAAGUCUUGUUGUGGGACUAAGGUUCAGGUUGAUGAUCAAGGUAGUCAAGACUAA